UGGGCAGGAAGUGGCCCGGUCUUGGACGCCAGACUGUAAGACCGGCCAGGACCCUCUGCCAGGUGCCAGUCAGGAUGGGGACUCCGGCCCAGCGGUGGCCCCCCCUGCUGCUGCUGCUGCUCGUGGGGCUUCUCGGCCAGCCUCCGGGGGCUGCGACCCAGACUGAGAUCUGCUCUGUGAGCAAGACCGUCUUGGAAGUCCAGGAGAACACGACCAUCACAGAGCCCCUGGUUAACAUCUCCGUCCCGCUGGGCCAGCAAGUGACCCUGGGAGUCUCGUCCACCAGCUUGGCCUUUCGGAUCGUGGGGAAUCAACUGUUUCUCAACGUGACUCCCGACUACGAGAAGGAGAAGGUGCUGCAGGCUCACCUGGAGUGCAAGAGGGGCGACAUCGUGGUCACUCAGCUGCGGGUGCUGGUGAUAGUGCUGGACAUCAACGACAAUGCCCCGGCGUUCGGCUUCACCACCAAGGAGGCAGACGUGGAGGAGGACACUAAAGUAAGCUCCAUCGUCAUCCCUGAGACAGAGCUGGAGGCCGAGGACCUUGACAUAGACGACACCCUGUACUAUACCCUCCAGGAAGUAACCCCAGGUGCCGGUGACUUUUUCUCCCUGCUGGGUGCGAACCGCCCCUCCUUGAGGCUGGACCGCUCCCUGGACUUCUACAAGUGGCCAGACAUGACUUUCCAGCUGCUGGUGCGGGACACUCGGGAGGAGAAUGUCGAGCCCAGCCACACGGCCACGGCCACCCUGGUCCUGCACGUGCUGCCCGCCGACCUGCGGCCCCCCUGGUUCCUGCCCUGUACCUACUCAGACGGCUACAUCUGCAUCCAGGCCCAGUACCGUGGGGCUGUCCCCAUCGGGCACCAGCUGCCCUCGCCCCUCGUCCUGAGUCCAGGGCCCAUCUACGCCGAGGACGGGGACCGGGCCAUCAACCAGCGCAUCAUCUACAGCAUCGUGCAGGGAAACGAGGACAGCAUAUUUGCCAUCGACCCAGACUCGGGCAACCUAACCAUGGCCAGGAGUGUCCCCAGCCCCAAGACCUUCGUCCUGCUGGUGAAGGGAGAGCAGGCCGACCACGCCCGCUACUCGGUGACCCAGGUCACCGUGGAGGCCGGGAACGGGAGCCUGCUCCGCUUCCCCCAGAGCCUGUACCGUGGCCUUGUGGCGCUCGGCUCUGGGGUGGGUGUGGCCGUCCAGGAUGCAGCCAACCCCUCGCAGCCUCUGAGGAUCCAGGCUCAGGACCCAGAGUUCCCGGACCUCACCUCAGCCAUCACAUACCGGAUCACCAACCACUCAGACUUCCAGAUGGCUGGCGAGGCCGUGCUGACGGCAGUCGAGCUGAUGCAGGAGGGGGUCUUCUACGCAGAGGUUGAAGCCAAGAACACGAUGACUCUGGGCACAGCGACCACCGUUGCUGAGAUACGAGUCUCAGCACAGGAGCAGCCCCCAGGUCCCUCCACGUCUCCGGACACUGGAGGAACACCUCGGCCACCCAGCAGCUCCACUUCAGCCCCUGGACCCUCUCAGGCGCCCUCCACCACCUCUGGGGGGACUGCUGGCCCGCCUCCUGGCUUGUCCACACCCGUGGGCCCCCCCCAAGGAGGAACCAGCACCUCCCCCCAACCAUCCACACCUGGUGGGGGCUCAACACAGACCCCGCAGCCAGGAACCUCUCAACCGAAGCCCCCCACUUUAGGAACCAGCACCUCCCCCCAACCAUCCACACCUGGUGGGGGCUCAACACAGACCCCGCAGCCAGGAACCUCUCAACCGAAGCCCCCCACUUUAGGAACCAGCACCUCCCCCCAACCAUCCACACCUGGUGGGGGCUCAACACAGACCCCGCAGCCAGGAACCUCUCAACCGAAGCCCCCCACUUUAGGAACCAGCACCUCCCCCCAACCAUCCACACCUGGUGGGGGCUCAACACAGACCCCGCAGCCAGGAACCUCUCAACCGAAGCCCCCCACUUUAGGAACCAGCACCUCCCCCCAACCAUCCACACCUGGUGGGGGCUCAACACAGACCCCGCAGCCAGGAACCUCUCAGCCGAAGCCCCCCACUUUAGGAACCAGCACCUCCCUGUCCUCAGGACCUCCGGGAGGAGACAGCUCUGGUGUGACAGGUGGGGACCUGGCAAAGGACCGGCGCUUCUCUGUGGUGGACAUGGCGGCCCUGGGGGGCGUGCUGGGUGCGCUGCUGCUGCUGAGCCUCCUCAGCCUCGCGGUCCUGAUCUACAAGCACCAUGGCCACCGGCUCAAGUGCUGCUCCGGGAAAGCUCCGGAGCCCCAGCCUCGUGGGUUCGACAACCAGGCCUUCCUAGAGGACCAGGAGGCCAACUGGGUACCUGCUCCAGACCCGAAGCCGGGCCCCACGGACCCCACGGGCCCCACGGACCCCACGGACCCCACGCCUGCAGAGACACCACCCACACCCUCGGAGCCCGCAUUCCCUGAGCCUCUGGCGUCUCCUGAGCCCCCGACACCCGCCAGCCCAGUGGGUCAUGCCCCAGCGUCUCCAGUGGCAGGCCCGGCUGGGGGCAGUCCCACGGAGGUGCGAUCCAUUCUGACCAAGGAGCGGCGGCCCGAGGGGGGCUACAAGGGCGUGUGGUUCGGCGAGGACAUCGGAGCUGAGGCUGACGUGGUCGUGCUCAACGCGCCCACCCCGGAGGGAGACGGCGCCGACGACUCAGGCAGCGAGGGCAGUGGGGAUGAGGACGCGGAUUCAGACCGAGACAGAG